AUGGUGCAGGCAGCCCUGGCCCCAGCAGCCAUCACUCUCUGUUUCUGUCUCUCCCUGGGGCUGGUGAAGGCAGCAGUGGUGAGUGUCCCCCCGCUGCGGGUCGGUCCAGGCUCCGCCAAAACCUCGCGGCUGGUGCCAGGGGCAGCAGAGCUGCCGCGGUCCCCCCAGUCCUCGUCUGCAGGGAACCGAAUCCACUUCCUCCCCCCCGGCCCUCUGCUGCCAGCUGUGCCAUGCCUCCCAGCCAGCGACCUGCCCGCUGCUGCCAUCCUGGCCUUUGCCCGGGGGCUGCAGAACAACUCCGUGGAGCUGAGCAGCGCCCAGCUGUCCUGCCUGGCCAGGCUGCUCGCUGCCAGGAACCUGACGAAGGAGUUCCAGGGGUUGCCACCUGACCUGCUGCUCUUCUUUGACUCAGCUGAGGUCCGUGGUGAGACCUGCAAGGAGUUCUACACCAGGGCAUCCCGCGGGCGCCUGGACCUGCUGCCCAGGGGCUCAGCCCGGCGGUCGGGGCUGCUGCGGAGGGCUCUGACGUGCCUGGGGGUGAGGAGCAGGCACCUGAACCGCCAGCAGCUCAGCAGCCUCGGGGCGCUGGUGUGCGACAUGGAGCCCGAGACCAUCGCAGCCUCGGACCCCGGCGUCCUGGAGAACCUGAAGCUCUGCUCAGCGCUGACAGAGCCCCAGAGGGCUGCCCUCAACACUGUGCUGCUUGCUGGGGACACAGAGUAUGGGGAUCCCUCCAGCUGGGACCUCCAGGCUCUGCAGCGCCUGGGGCCGCUCCUGCCGGCUUUGGACCAGAGCACGCUGAGCUUGGUGGCCAAGGAGGCACGGGAGGCUCUGGGCAGGAGCAUCAUGGCCACGUACCGCAGCCAGGGACGGUCCCAGCGGCAGAGGUCCCUGCUGCUGCUCAGAGCCUUGGAGGCAGCAGCGGCUCCAUCCCGACCCAGGCGCAAGAGGAACGCAGGCAGCUGCCCGUCAGUGCUCAUCACGUCGAACACUGUCUCUGACCCCUUCUUACUCACCAACUACUGGGACUCUGAGGAGUUUGAGCUCUGCCUGACCAACCAGGUGCUGGCAGCAGACCUGGCACAGCUGCUGCAGCAGCCUCUGCCCCUGGAAUUCCUCAUGGUUGUGAAAAGAAGGCUGCAGCAGAUGUACCCAGAGGGCAUCCCGGAUGGGCAGCUGAAGGUGCUGGGGGAGCUCUCUCGCCUGUACUCCCCAGAGGAGAUCAGCCAGUGGCAGCUGACGUCCAAUGGCACCCUCCUGGCCCUGCUCAACCCCUCAGAUAGCCCCUGGGAAGCUCCUCAGCUCCAGCAGCUGCUCCGCAGGUACCUGGCGCUGGGGGGCAGCUGGAGCGGCGCCUUGCUCCGGGCCGUGGCUGGGGAAAGCCUCUGCCAGCUGCCGGCGGAGCUGCUCCUGCCGAUACCUCCAGAAGCACUCAGGACUGCUGGACAGCUGAACAUCAGCUCUUGCUCUCAAGCCCUGAAGGAGCAGCUCUACAGCAAGGCUCAGGAGGCCUUUGCUGGCCACACAAACAGCACCAGAGCCUACUACUGCCUGAUCCGGCCAUACCUGGGUGGAGCUCCAGCAGAGGAUCUGAAAGCAUUGGCUGAAGCUGGCACUGCCAUAGACAUGGACAUGGACACCUUCCUUGCCCUCAACCCUGCUGCGCUGGAGAGACUCAGCGUCAUGGAUGUGAAGAGGUUGCUUGGGAGCAACCUCCAAGCCCUGAAGGAGGCUGAAAACGAACCCUUGGUGAUGAACUGGGUGAAGAAGCAGCUCCAGAGGGAGCUGGACGAGGUCCUGGGGAUCGGCCUGCAGGGAGGGAUCCUGCAGCCCACCCCCGCGGGCACCACCACCACUCCUCACCCCAACCCCACGGCCAGCAUCACCCCCGAGCCCACUGCCCUCAGCAGCCACCCUCCACCUGCACCAAGCACUGCCCCCACCCAGGUCAGCUCUCCCCCUGGCACCCUGCUCCACACCACUGCCAGCCCAAGCACCGCUUCCCCCAGCGCUGUGCCCCCCCCUGCUCUCACUCAGGAGCCCUCCAGCAGCUCUCCUCCUGACCCAGCCCUUACCACCCACCCCCCCAGCACCCCACCGGUGUCCACGAGUCCCCCGGCACCGGGGGGCACCCCCCCGGCUCCUGCCACCCAGAACACCACCCCCCCGAGCACCCACAGCCUUCCUGAGCCCCCCCCAGACCUGCCAGAGCCACCCAGACCAACACCCCCUGGCUACGUCAACCUGAAGCCUCUGCCUGGCUCAGGCUCCAUGCUCUCCUCCUGCCUGCUGGCCAUGCUGACCACAGCCCUGGGCAGCUCCCUGCUGCCACAGCUCCUCUGA